GAAACUUCCUGGGAACUCAAACUGUUUUGUGAAAACUGUGAAAAUGUUGCAUAUAAGGUAAGGAUCCAAGUAGUUAUGCUUCAGCAAACUUCUUGGAUGCAAACUAUUACCGGAUUUAGGUACAGGUAUAGGUAUAGGCAUAUAAUUAAUAUUGACAUACCUUCCUGCAUACUAAUUCGGUAUAGGUUUACUAAUGAGCCCGGUCUUCCUUAUUCAAUAGAAACAAUAGGCUUGCCUAGGCUUGCACGGUAAGUAACUUUAGUCCGGUUUGCCGGAACGUCUAUUUGAAUAAUACGAAUAAGACAAGCGAUCACCUGGUAACGCGAGAAACGGCUUAUGUCUUCUAUUUAGUGCUAAAAAUCGGAUAGAUAAACAAAACACACACACACACACACACAGAAAGUGGAGCCAUUUAUCGCGUUGCCAGGUGAUUGCUCCUCUUAUUCCUGUUUUUUAAAUAGACGUUUCGGCAAACCGGACUAAAGUUACUUACUGGGCAAGCCUAGGCAAGCCUAUUAUUUCUAUUAAAUAAUGGCGACGCUCAUUAGUAAACCUAUACCGAAUUAGUAUGGAUGAAGGUAUGUGAAUAUUAAUGCUUUACCUACCUAUACCUAUACCUAAAUCCGGUUAAGUUUGCUAAAACAUAACUGAUCCACGUUUAAUAUACCUGCUUUUAUCUUACGUCGCUUACCUUUCAUUGUGUAACAUGUAGCAUGGCCAUCUAUUCGGAACCUUGCCCCCCGCGACGCAUCACUGAUCAUGAAGUCACACGCUCUCAGUUUACUAAUAGGAAAAUGUAUGGAAAUUAUUGUUCAAUCGAUCCCUGAGAAAAAUAUGGUGGUUGAAUUUCACGUUCCUCGGUAAGUUUGUUAGUUGUGACAAAAAGUUUAAAUUGGAGCUAAGCGAAUUGUAAUCUAUGCGGUUUUCACACUCAAAGAUCUUAAAUAGAAGUACAAUUAUUCGCCAUAAGGACCUUUUCAGUUCGUGCAAACCACUGAUCUUUUCUGCAGGCCCCCUGUUUCCAUCUGAGAUCAGACUCUAUGGUCCUCGGUCGCAGACCGAAGACCAACUGUAAUAACAAUCUUUUAUUAGGAAACUUUCAUCACAUCACUGUGGUUUUCAGAAAGGUCCCAACUUAGAUUAAAAGAUAUCGUGCAAAAGUUUUUAAAUGGCUCUUUUAACUAGAUUCUAUUGUUUUUUUUUCUGCAUGCUUUAUUUCAUUCUUUUAUCAUUUUCAAACAUUUUUUAUAGUUCUUAACAUAUUUUUACACCUUACACACAUAUAUAUGCUAAUUCUUUUAACUUUAUUACUUACUUGAAAAUGACCGAAGAUCGGUCGAAACGUCGUUUUUUAUCCGUAAUUUUUACUGUGUUAAAUUAUACUAUGUAAAGUAAAAUGAAAGAUACCUAGAAAUAAAAAUAUAUAUAUAUAUAUAAACUAAAUUAAAAUUUGAUAAAAAGCGGCAAUUGAAAUACAAAAAAGCAUUAAAUAAAAAAGCUGCUACAAAUGCUUCGCAUAAAAUUCACAAUGUCAGGUGCAUUUCUAAUUUCUUUGUCUAGAUUAUUCCAAUCUUUCAGAGAGUGAUAACACACUCUGUUUCCCCAAUUUUUGGUUGAAAGGGAUAGUCUAAGCAUGUCUCUAUUUCUUGUGUUAUAAUCAUGAACGUUCCUCUUUGCUUGUAGCUCCAUUGACUGAUCCAUAAGCCAGGCCAUUAAUACACUUGUAAACAUAUACACAGCGAUGAUAAAUCUACGUUGUUCUAGGUUGAGUCACUUCCGUUACAGUUACGAGAACAUCUGUAGCUGACGAAUAAAGUGACCUGUUCAGGAUAAUUUUCGCGGCCUUGUUCUGCAAAACCAGGGGUGACAAAUGGUCUUUACGAGCAUUCGCGAGCAUGCGAGCACUGCGAUUUUUUUGCGAGCACGAGCAGAAAUAAAAAAUUUGUUUUGCGAGCAGCGAGCAGUUCAGACGUACAACUCGCGAGCAGCGAGCAAUUCUUAUAUUUUCCGCUUGGAGCAAUCCAUAUGGAAAUCCUUUUCCUUAAAAUAAAACAGAAAAUAUUUUAAAAGACGAUGUGAUACUCAUCGCUAAGUUCAAAGAGAUCAGUGGACCCUUUAUUUUAGGAAAGCUUGCACAAAACCUUAAGAGAACUUCGUCUAAAGUAAAAACACACUUGUACGCAAGCGAUCCCGAAGAUUGUCUAAUAUUCAAUUACGAGUUCACCGCUCAGGUAGAGAAACAUCUUGUAAUUGGACCAGUUUGGGAAGUGCAGUUCACAGACGAAGAUUUUCAUAUCGAGUUUAACCAAGAGCUCUACGAAGAAUGUCUCGAGCGUACAAGGGGGGUUGAAGAAAGGGACAUGACUGAUGUGGAUGAAGAAGAACUUGAAGAGGAACAAGAUCUCCGUGUCAGAACAACCUCGUCUGGAAGAAUCUUAAAGCUUCCAAACCGUUUUUAUUGA